AUGGAUAUUCCCAUAUCAUCGUCUUUAACUCUAAACAAUCUUCGAGUCAUCAAAGUAUUAGGUAAAGGCGCCAUGGGAACCGUCUUUCUUGUCCACGACAUGUUCCAUGAUCCCUCUGCCUUAUCUCCUUUCGCUCUCAAAGCUGUUGAAAAAUCUAAUUUUUCUUCUAAUGCCAUCCACCGUCGUGCACGAUGGGAAACCACUGUACUUUCCCGUCUCCAACAUCCGUUCCUCCCUACUCUCCUCGGAUUCACUGAAAACUCCGAUUUUCUUUGCUACGCUGUCCCUUAUUGCCCCGGUGGUGACCUUAAUGUCCUACGUUACAGUCAAAGCGAUCAUGUUUUCUCACCUACUGCUAUCCGUUUUUAUAUAGCUGAAAUUGUACUUGCACUCGAACAUCUUCACAGUUUAGGCAUUGCUUAUCGGGAUUUGAAACCUGAGAACGUACUUGUCCAACAAUCUGGUCAUGUUACUUUAACAGAUUUCGAUCUUUCUACGAGCUUAACUCCAAAGAAAAAUCUCGAAUUCUAUUCAGAUCCAGAAAACGAUAAUCUCCAACCACCACCACCGCCAGCGCAACCACAAACAUUCAAAUUCAGACAAUUUGCUAAAUUCAUACUUCCUAAUAAAACAAAGUAUAUUUCUAAUACCGCAACCAUUACCCGAAAUGGAUUAAGGAAAGUGAAAAGUGCAAGAGUAUCCCCAGUGAGCAGAAGGAAUCGUAGUUCGUUUUACGAACGUUCAAAUUCAUUUGUUGGUACUGAAGAAUACGUAGCACCAGAAAUUGUACGUGGAGAAGGUCAUGAAUUUUCAGUAGAUUGGUGGGCGCUUGGUAUUUUGUGCUACGAAAUGUUAUACGGAACGACGCCGUUUAAAGGGAAGAAUAGGAAGGAAACGUUCAGGAGAAUAUUGAUGGCGGAACCGGAGUUCAUUGGAAAGAAGAAUGAUUUAGCCGAUUUGAUUGGAAAAUUGCUCGAGAAAGAUCCCACGCGCCGGUUGGGUUACCGGAGAGGCGCGUCGGAGAUAAAGGAACAUGAGUUUUUUCAGGGGAUGAGAUGGGAUUUGUUAACGGAAGUUGUACGUCCGCCGUUUUUGCCGUUAAGAGAUGUAACGGAAGAAGUGAAGAAAGGUGGGAUUAACAUAACGGAGUAUUUUCAGAAAUUGAAGGCACCACCGUCACCGUUAUGGUCACCUUCACAUGAUGAGUGGACAAAUAACGUUUCACUAACGGAGUUUUAACGCACUUGUAAAGAUUAUAGUUUUUUUUGUAAAUAAAUAUAGAAACAUUAUACAUUGAAAUGAUGUAAUAUUAGCUGUUUAUUGUUUUAGAUUUAUAAAAAAGAGGUGUAUAUAUACGCACUUGCGGUGGCGCGUGGGGGAAUUAUUGGAUUAUAUGAGGUGGUAUAAUGAGGAAUAAAUAUGAUUAUAAUAUUGAGGGCAUAUUUGGAAUUCUAUUAUUUUGGACAAAAUGAUUGUUACCUUUUAUUUUGAAGAAAGGUAUUUUUGCUUUUCUUUUUUUAAAUUGACUACAAUUAUUUGGAUCUUAA